ACAGGCCCGUGCCCGGCGCGUGUUUUAUUACUGGCUGGGUCCACCGCCCCGGCCGUGCAUUUGAUACAACUGGCGACGAGGGGCUGCGGGCGGUUUUUAUUGACCGUGUGGCCCGUGUUUUUCCGCGUGGGACGGAGACCAGGAGAAGCGCACGAGUUGGGACGGGGAAGAGAAACAAGACGCAGGCUUGACGCGUUUAGUUACCUCUUGGCCCGAUAGUAUUGCUCAGUGAAAUUCCCGUUUUAAUAAGCUGAGUGAUGGGAUACAGCAACAAGUAGCUUCGAAUCAUUAUCUGAACUGAUGUGGAUUUAUGCAAACUAAACAGUGAUGAAUAUUCUUGUAAUGUCAUAAAAUGUGCGUUAGUCAGUAUAAUUUAACGGAGACCAUGAGCUGAGGUAACACAGGCGUAACUGUCGUCCGUUAAGUAGAGUAGGCCUUCCCGAACUGUUCUCGAAGCCACAAAUCGUUUUAUCCAACGUUGCAACAGGAUUCUUCUUGUCAAUGUGCACUAAGGUGAGAUACUCCAUCAACGACGCUCGUCAGGAAUGCCCUUAUCAGAAGUGUACGGCGUAACCUGUUUACUUUUCUGUAGAAGCAUCAGCUGAAGUACAACCUCGGCCGUGGCCAUGGACUUGGAGAAGCAAGCACCUGUAUCCAUGUACGACAAAUUUUGGACGUCGGUUCACUAUUGGUGGCGGGAUUUCAGUGUUCUGAACUGCAUCCGGAACCUACGGCAGUCGCGCCGGCUGGUUCUGUUCAUCGUGUUCGUGGCUCUCCUGCUCGACAACAUACUGAUGACGGUGGUGGUGCCCAUUCUCCCGAACUACCUCUUCGAGCAAGAACACCCGGAGUUUGCGAACGGACGGCUGUUUUCGGCGUCCAACAGAAGCAAUAAUUGCAGCGAGCUUUUUACGGUCCCAGCGUCGUCCGCUGCAGAUCCCUCGUGGCUUGGGUGUAAUGUCAGCGGUGGGUCGCCCACCAGGAGCCCUGCGGAGCAACAAAAGUACAGUCUCGUUCUUCGUCAUGAGAACCUCAAAGUCAGCAUACUGUUUGCCUCCAAGGCUAUCGUCCAGUUAUGCGUAAAUCCUAUCGUGGGUCCCCUUACUAAUAGAGUUGGUUAUAGCAUACCGAUGUUCACUGGAUUCGUUAUCAUGUUUGCCUCAACAUUAGUAUUCGCAUUUGGUCAGUCGUACUGGCUACUGAUUAUCGCUCGUAUGAUCCAAGGGGUUGGUUCGUCCUGUUCGUCGGUAGCAGGAAUGGGCAUGCUUGCCCACCGCUAUCCAGGCUACGAGGAGCGAGGAGCCGCUAUGGGGAUCGCCCUGGCUGGGCUUGCUUUCGGCGUGCUCAUCGGUCCGCCUUUCGGAGGGGUUAUGUAUCAGUUUGUCGGGAAAGAAUCGGCGUUCCUAGUUCUGGCAGCACUGGCGCUGGCUGAUGGGUUACUGCAGUUACUUGUACUAAAUCCCAGUAUGAACAAGGAAACUGAGAUGGAAGGAACAUCACUGUUGACCCUACUUCGAGAUCCCUACAUUGUAAUUGCAGCAGGAGCUAUUACCUUUGGCAAUAUGGGAAUUGCCUUGCUCGAGCCGUCUUUGCCGCUCUGGAUGCUAGACCACAUGAACAAUCCGUCAAACUGGGAAAUUGGUGCUAUUUUCAUUCCUGCCAGCAUCUCCUACCUGAUAAGUACGAACAUCUUUGGGCUUCUUGGGCACAGAAUCGGCAGGUGGCUUUCCUCGCUGCUGGGAAUGGUAUUAGCGGGACUCGCCAUGCUCAUGAUUCCAUUUGCUAAAGCAAUCGGUCAUCUGGUGGUCCCGAAUUUUGCAUUAGGAUUUGCAAUAGGAAUGGUAGAUGCCACCAUGAUGCCUAUCAUGGGUCAUCUGGUAGACAUACGACACGUGUCGGUCUACGGCAGCAUCUAUGCGAUCGCGGAUGUGGCUUUCUGCAUAGGCUUUGCCGUUGGUCCUUCGUUGAGUGCAGCAGUAGUGCAGGCUGUUGGUUUCUCGUGGUUAUUGAGGAUUGUGGCCAUUCUAAGCAUUCUAUACGCCCCCUUAUGCUACGUUUUGAAAGAUCCACCUCGAAAAGAAGAUAAAAUGGGAAUAUUGAUGGAAGAGAGGGUACCAGUCUCGUACACGACUCACAAACAGACCGAUUACCAGACCAUGGAUGAGGACAUACACAGCAGGGAAUAGAUAAAAACAAUGGUAGAUAUCAUACCAUAGCUUGACUAAUUCGAUUAUAAUACUCCAUUAGUAUUCUGAUGUGGGUCAACAUGUACAUAGCAGGUGUUUAUUUUCUGUUGGUGUCAAGUCGCAUUCUUUGAAUUUGUCGAGAAGUAGUAAGAGGCAAUUUUGGCUAAGGUAACAAAACGUAAGAUUGGAAAAUAAACGAUGGAAUGUACGCGAAAGUGGUGCUAUACAUGUUUUGCCAAUGACGAUGAGGCGUUCAUGAAUUGAAUCAGGAAGAGUGAAGAAAUGAAGUCUAUGGAAUUCCUAAGACCGUGAAAUACGCAGGAUCCUGAACGUUCAGGGUUAUCGCGUACACUAACCAAACUAGAUAAAACUUUGCUUCUUAACAAAUUCCAGUCUGGUUUUACUCAACGCUUCCUUGAUAAGUAUUAUUUGCUGCUAAAUAUUGUACAGAGGAGAGUAUAAUUCGUUAUGUGUUUGCAGCCAGGCAUUACGACAAAAGCGGCAAUGCCAGCAGAAGUACUUCUCUCCAAAUUUCAUCACGUCUGCUCUUAGGGGCCCUCCUCAAGUUUUGAGUAAUUUUAAGGAAGAAACUUAAUGCACAAAAUGUUCAGUUUCCCCAUACUUCCAGAAGCUGAAUACAUGUGGAAAGAAACUUCAAAAGAACUCUUUUUAGCAGUAUGUGGAGGUGAGACAAGAACCCGAAGUUUGUAUUGGGUCUGCCCUCGGCCGAAAACUAUAGUCCAUACAAAUCAUGAUUAAGCAAAAUUAAUAUUAAUAAUGCGUAAUGGAUGUUAAAACACAAAAUGCAUGAAUCUGACACAAAAUCUAUGAAUCUGACACAAACUUCAUGACCAAAAAACACUGUGUAUUUUAAUUUUAAUGUGUUUUGGAUAACUUAGCUUGUCAGUUACAGUUAUGUCCUCUUAUUUACCAGUAACGUCAACCGAUAAUGAGAAUUAGGUUUUAUAAUACCUUUCCUAAGUUGCAAUUGACGAGAAAGGACAGAAUGAUCGAAUUUGGCUCCACAGAAGGGGUCUCUUAGAUUACGAUACAAAAUUGGAAAUUCCAUAAGUCUGGUACCCAUCUCUCCUUUCAGAUUUUAAUUACGAAACGUAUGACCAUCGCUUGUGUUGGAUGUAUAGUGUAUAUAAAGCGUGGUUAUUCUGGGGACAAAGUGUUCUAAACUGAUUCGCUUCACAAGAAGUCGUGUCAUGUGGAAGAAAUUUGAAAUUUGGCAAUGGUGUGGUCCAGUGUUUGAUGUAUUAUGUAUGUGUAACACGGUUCGUGAUUGUUUCGCAAGCUGUCAUUUUUGGUGUGGAGUAUAUUUUGUAAUUAUCCUUUGAAGUGUAAAAAUCGCGUAAGUUAUUUCUCGUGCAGAUAAUUUUGUGUGCAUUUGUGUGCGAAUUUGUUACACAUCAUACAGAUUGGACGCAUUAAAUAUCAUGAAGAUUGUACUUCAUCCAAUGCAGUGAUCGAGGGAAUGAACUUGA